AUGGAUAUAAACAAAGCACCAUCAAGAGUUAUAUUUGUUAAAGAUAUACCACAGAAUAUUUCACAUCAUAUAUUUGAAGAUUUAUUUAGAGUUUUACCAGGUUAUUUAACAAUGAGAAGAAAACCACACUUUGCUUUUAUAGAGUUCAAAGAUAGAGAGUUUGCAACAAUGGCAAUGGUCAAAUAUCAAGAUAACAGAGAAAACAGAGAAAAUAGAGAUAGAGAUAGUUAUAGAAAUAGAGAUAGUAAAGUUAUAAAUAGCGACGAUGAAAGAUUUGAUAGUAGUUCUGAUAAAAAGAAAUAUAAUGACAGCGAAAAAGACCAUAAUGACGAUGAUAACAAAAGUAGAAAUGAAGAUGAAAAAUCUUCCUCUUCCUCCUCCUCGUCCUCCUCCUCAUCAGAUAAGAAUAGAGCAAGUUUGUCGAAUGUAUCAUCAUCAAGAUCUCCAUCAUCAUUAAAAAGAUAUCGACAUGAUGAUUAUAAUAGAUCACCACCAUUAUCUCCACCUUCAUACGAUAGAUAUAGUGAUAGACACUAUCAUACAACUUCAACUUAUUAUCAUAGUCAUCCCCAUUCAGCACCACACCACCACCAUAGCGUUGGAUAUCAAUCGCAUUUAAAUACACCAUCAACUAGCUCACCAAUAUUAUUAACCCCACAUCUUCCUUCUCCACAUCAUACACAUUUUUCACACCAUACCAACAGCGGCGGCCAUAUUAAUUCUCCACCAUGUCCAACCUUAUUUGUUUCAAAUUUACCAAAAGAUGUCACAGAAAGAGAGGUAUCAAUUUUAUUUAGAUUUAUGGCUGGUUUUGUUGGUAUUCGUUUAAUUAAUAAGGAAGGUAAACUGCCAAUGUGUUUUUGUGAUUUUGUUGAUUCUCAAUCCGCUGCCAUGGCUUUAGAUUUUUUACAAGGUUUUAGAAUGGAUCCAAAAGAUAUUUCCUCUUCAAUUUCAAUCGAAUUUGAUAGAGCAAAUAAUAAAAGAUAA